CAGAAUUAUCCGUAAGCAAAACAGUUUUCUAUAUCUUAACUUACCCAAACGGACCUGCAAUUUAAAUAAAUAAAUAGCCGCAAGGUGCUAGGUUUUGGGAAUCGCUGGGAGACGGCAAUCCGAGCGCAGAAAGAGGGCCUAAAUCUAGGCGCUUUAUCUCUCUUCGUUUCACUUGUAUCGCUAGGGUUUUUUGGUUCCUCUCCCCAUUCCUUCUCCAGCCAUGAGCGACGCCAAAGACGCCCUCGAUAUGUCCGAUCUCCAUGCUGCUUUGAAUUCAGAUGAUAGAGCUGAUCUUGUCAGUGCUCUCAAAAAUAAGCUUCAGGAUCUUACAGGGAAGCACUCGGUUGUGCUUGAGAACUUGUCUCCAAUUGUAAGAAAGCGUGUUGAUGUUCUCAGAGAGGUUCAGGCUCAACAUGAUGAGCUGGAAGCAAAAUUCAAUGAAGAGAGGGCAGCACUGGAAGCUAAGUACCAGAAACUUUAUCAACCGCUAUAUUCAAAGAGAUAUGAAAUUGUAAAUGGAGUUGUUGAUGUUGAAGGGAAUGAAUCUGAAACUCCUGCAGAUGGAGGAAAGGGAGUCCCUGAUUUCUGGCUUACUGCUAUGAAGAAUAAUGAAGUGUUGUGUGAAGAGAUCACAGAACGUGAUGAAGGUGCUCUUAAAUUUUUAAGAGACAUCAAGUGGUCCAGAGUUGACGAACCAAAGGGAUUUAAGCUCGAAUUUUGCUUUGACACCAACCCAUUUUUCAAGAAUUCUGUUUUGACCAAAGUAUAUCACAUGAUUGAUGAAGAUGAACCAAUUCUAGAGAAAGCAAUUGGGACUGAGAUAGAAUGGUAUCCUGGGAAGUCCUUGACACAGAAGAUACUGAAGAAGAAGCCCAAGAAGGGAUCUAAGAAUGCUAAACCUAUCACUAAAACUGAAAAGUGUGACAGUUUCUUCAACUUCUUUAGUCCGCCUCAAGUUCCAGAGGAUGAAGAUGACAUUGACGAAGAUGCUGCUGAGGAGCUCCAAAAUUUGAUGGAGCAGGAUUAUGAAAUUGGGUCAACAAUUCGAGACAAAAUCAUUCCACAUGCUGUGUCUUGGUUCACAGGCGAGGCUGUUCAGGAAGAGUUUGAAAUAGAUGAUGAAGAUGAGGAAGAUGAAGAUGAUGAGGAGGAUGAAGAAGAUGAGGAAGAUGAGGAAGAUGAUGAUGAAGAGGAGGAUGAAGAUGUUAAGCCCAAGAAGAAGUCUCCUGCUACACACAAGAAAACUGGACGGGCACCUGCAGUUGAUGGCCAGCAGGGUGAGCGACCUCCUGAGUGCAAGCAGCAGUAAUAAAUGUCUGAAGGCUGGUUCUCCUGAUUGGUCUGGAUGGAAUGGGAUGGAGAACUGGCUUAGUUGGUGUGGUGGUGCUUUUGUUGGCUUGAAGGGACAAUUUUGAUCCGUUUGCAAAUCUUGCGUAAUAUAUUAUUUAUUACUCGUAUGUUUGUGUUGUUUUUGCAAGUUACGUUACUAUUAUUUUGUUGGGAUUCAGAAAAUAGUUUGGUCGUCUCGUGAAGUAAAUUGUUUUGUUGGAGUUGCGAUCUGAUUGGAAAAUUUGUAUUGUAUCUUCAUACUCGUAAUUCUCUCCUUUACUCCCCCAUUAUAUCAUCCAAGUGGGAUUUCGUUUCUUUUAUGAAUUUCAAGAUAUUAUUUUGUAAAAUCAAGUAAUCAAUGUUGCUCCAAACUUGAUGUUUUGUUCC